AUGGUGAGACCAUAUGCAAUUAAAGGUCGUAAGAGAAAGAAGAACAAAGAAAGGUAUGAUAAAGAAGAAGACGAAGAAGAAAAUGUGGGGUUUGUCGAAGAAGAAGAAGAAGGGGAAAAAGAGGGGAUUCAGAAGAAAUUGAAGGGUGGAGCUACAGAAUCCGAUGAGGAGAAAGCAGAAGAAGCGGCUCAAGAACUUUCAGGUAUUCCGGUGAACUUGAACGAACAACAGGGCAACGACAAGAACAGUCCCGGUGUUAUUUUUAUCCUCGAGAAAGCUUCUUUGGAAGUUGCAAAAGUUGGGAAGAGUUAUCAAUUGUUGAACUCAGAAGAUCAUGCUAAUUUUUUGAGGAAAAACAAUCGAAAUCCAGCUGAUUACAGACCUGACAUUUCUCAUCAGGCAAUAUUGAAUAUCUUAGAUAGCCCAUUGAAUAAAGCUGGUAAACUAAGAGCUUUAUAUAUUUGCUGGAAUCAUGUUGCAAUUACUUCAAAAACUAAUCAACUCUUGCAAGAUAGGAUUUUCGCAUAG